AUGAAGAUUAAACCCAGCAAGUGCAGAAGCAUCUCCAUUGUCAAAGGUCAAGUCAAGGAUCAAAGAUUUCAUAUUGACGGAAUACCUGUUCCAACUGUUUCAGAAAUGCCAGUGAAGAGUUUGGGCCGAUGGUAUGAUGCAAAGCUCAAGGACACCAAGCAGUUUUUACAACUCAAAAAGGAUGCCAUCACGCAUAUUGCUUGCAUCAACAAGACCUUGCUACCAGGAAAACUCAAGCUGUGGUGCUUCCAGUUUGGCAUACUACCAAGAGUCAUGUGGCCUUUAACUAUGUAUGAAAUCCCCAUCAACAAAGUGGAAAAGGUGGAAAUAAUGAUCAGCACAUCCAGAUUACCGAACCAUCGGGACCAUGUCUGCAGCACCUGGGGGAACAAUCACUUUAAGACCUUCGAUGGAGACGUCUACCAAUUUCCAGGAACAUGUGAAUAUAAUUUUGUGACUGACUGUAACUCACAAAGUAAAGAGUUCUCCAUUCAUAUUAAACGUACCAUUUAUAAGGGACACCCCAAAAUACAUGGCAUCACAGCAAAGAUCAAGGAUAUUGUGAUUUACAUGACACCAAAAUUUAUAGUCAUCAAUGAAGAAAUAGUCUCGCUCCCUUACUUUGGGCCUGGUGUGUAUGUAGAACACAACACUCAGUACACUAAAGUCUACGGAAAAUCUGGGAUAACUCUGAUGUGGAAUAGAGAAGAUGCUCUUAUGGUUGAGCUCGAUUUAAAAUAUCACAAUCAGACCUGUGGGCUCUGUGGAGAUUAUAAUGGGAUUCCUGUUUACAACGAGUUCAUCGCAGAUGGUCUGAAGCGUUCACCCAUUCACUUCGGAAACCUGCAGAAAAUACAUCUGCCAAACGAGAUAUGUCACGAUUUCGACGAGCAUGAGAUGGAAACCCGUGCGCUGUGUGAACAAUACUCUCCAAUAUUUUACCAUGCUGUUUUUCAGAGGGGUGCCUGUGAAAGUCUUCUCUCAAAACGCACGUUUUCAGACUGUACGUCCCGCUUAAACAACGAGCACUACAUACAGGCCUGCAUGCAGGACAUGUGUAGCUGCGACAAAGUUUUGGACUCCUUCUGCCUGUGCAGUACCAUCUCCGAAUAUUCACGGCAAUGCUCUCAUGCUGGAGGCAAGCCAAAAAACUGGAGGACAGAAACAUUCUGCCCAAAGAAGUGCCCUUUAAACAUGAUCUACAAGGAAAGUGGUUCUCCCUGCAUGGACUCUUGUUCUCACCUCGACACAAGCAUCUUGUGUGAGGAACAUUAUAUGGAUGGUUGCUUCUGCCCCCCAGGAAUGGUCCUUGACGAUUACUCUGACUCUGGAUGCAUCAAGGUGAAAGACUGCAAAUGUACACUGAAAGGCAAACACUACGAUCCAGGCACCGUGAUUUCAUCUGAGUGUGAAGAAUGUGCCUGCAAUGGCGGUAAAUGGCUAUGCAAAAACAUGCCUUGUCCUGGUGUGUGCACCCUGGAGGGUGGAGCGCACGUCUCCACUUUUGAUGGCAUGAAAUACACAUUUCAUGGUGACUGCUAUUACAUUCUUUCCAAGGUCUGUGAUCAACAGCUUUAUACUUUACUGGGAGAGAUAGUGCCGUGUGGAACAAUAGCAACUGAAACCUGCCUAAAAACUGUGGUGUUAUCAACAGACCAUAAACACAAUAUCCUUGUUUUUAAAAAUGAUGGGAAUGUUAUCAUGAAUGGUGCAAGGAUGACUUUGCCUCUGGUAACAGCAAACUAUACAGUGUUCAGACCAUCAACAUUCCACAUACUACUGGAAUCUAAACUUGGCCUGCAACUACAGAUCCAGCUGGUUCCUCGGAUGCAAAUCUACAUAACAUUGGACCAAUCCUAUAAGGGGAAGACAUGUGGUUUCUGUGGGAAUUUUAAUGACAUUCUGCACGAUGACUUCAAGGCAAGUAACGGAUUGAUUGAGGGCACGGCUUCACCAUUUGCCAACUCUUGGAAGGCCCAGCACAGCUGCCCCUCUGUAUCAUCUCAUCUGGAAGAUCCCUGUGCCAUUAGCAUUGAAAACCAAAAUUAUGCUGAAUAUUGGUGCGCCCUUCUGAAAAAGCCUGGAGGAGAAUUUUCUCCUUGCCAUGCUACCAUCAAUCCAAAUGAGUACUUCAAGAAAUGUAAAUAUGACAGCUGCAACUGUGAUAAAAACGAGGACUGUAUGUGUGCUGCCAUAUAUUCCUAUGUGCGAGCAUGUGCAACCAAAGGAGUCAUGUUAACCAACUGGCGAACAAAUGCGUGCGGCUCCUACACAAAAAGCUGCCCAGAGACACAGACGUACGGUUAUGACAUGAAGAGCUGCAGGCGUACUUGUCAUUCACUAAGUGAGAAAGACGUCACUUGUGGAAUCCAACAUGUGCCGGUGGAUGGAUGCGGAUGCAAGGAAGGAACAUAUAUGAAUGAGAAAGACAAAUGUGUGCCCUCUAUCCAAUGCCCAUGCCUGUAUCAGGGCUCCCUCCUAAACCCUGGAGAACUUUUCAGAUUAGGAGAUACACAUUGUGUAUGUAAAAAUGGAAAAGUUCAGUGCACUAGAUUACUGGCAAGAUCGAUGGUGUGUCCACAGAAUAUGGUCUACAUCAACUGUGAUACAACUGAGCCAGCCACAACAGGGGUAGAAUGUCACAGGACCUGUGGGAGCCUGGUUCGUGACUGCGUAAGUCGUUUUCAGAAUGAAGUUUCACAAUUAGUACAAUCACAGAUUAAACACAUGCCCUGUAGAUAUGUAUAUAUGGGUAAUAUCCCAAACGUUGGAAUUAUAGAACUAAAGAAUGAUGUAAGCCUUUACAGUGUAAAGUGUGUGUCAGGUUGCGUUUGCCCUGAGGGGCUCCUGGACGAUGGAAGUGGAGCCUGCGUGACAGAGGAGAAGUGCCCUUGUAUGCACAAUAGUAAGGAAUACCAUCCAGGAAGCAGACUUGCAGUCGACUGUAACACUUGCACCUGUAUGAAAGGCAACUGGACCUGUUCUAAAAAUAAUUGCCCUGGAACUUGUACAAUAUAUGGUAGUGGUCACUACAUCACAUUUGAUGGCAAUCGUUAUAUCUUUGAGGGAGAUUGUGAAUAUAUUGCUGCCCAGGACUACUGCGGAGAUAAUCAAAGCAAUGGAACCUUCAGCGUAAUCACAGAAAAUAUUCCCUGUGGAACCACUGGGACAACUUGCUCAAAAACAAUCAAGCUUUUUUUCCAGAAUUUUGAACUGAAGUUAGCAGAAGGGAAGCACGAAUUGAUUCAUCGAAAUGACAACAAAAAAAUCCCUUUCACUAUCCAAACUCUGGGACUUUACCUUACAGUUGAAACUACUACCGGAUUACUUCUAAUAUGGGACAAAAAAACUCGUAUUUCUAUUAAGCUGAACCCUUCUUACAAGCAUAAUACCUGUGGCUUAUGUGGUAACUUUGAUGGAAAUGCCAUCAAUGACUUGAUGACAAGAGGCCGGUCCGUCGCUACAGAAGUGACUGAGUUUGGCAAUUCCUGGAAGCUGGGGACCACUUGUCCCGGUGCUGUGACCGAUCGUGAUCCUUGCAUUAUGAAUCCACAUCGUAAAGCCUGGGCAGAGAAGCAGUGCAAUAUAAUCAAGAGCGAAGCCUUCCAAAAUUGUUCCAAAACGGUUGACUCGACUCCAUAUUUCGAAGCUUGUGUCCAUGAUUCCUGCUCGUGUGACAGUGGUGGAGACUGCGAGUGUUUUUGCACAGCUGUAGCUGCCUAUGGGAGUGCAUGUCGUGAAUCUGGGAUAUGUGUUAACUGGAGGACCCCUGACAUCUGUCGUAAGUUUCACACAGUACUAACUCCAGAUGUUAUAAUCAUGAAUGGGAAUUGUAAUAAAAUUAUCAUUAAUUUCAUGUGCAGUGAAUAUCUACGUUCUGUUCUUUCAGCCAUGUACUGCAGUUACUACAACCCUAAUCAUGAACUGUGUAAAUGGCAUUAUCAUCCUUGUGGAGUCCACUGCUUUAAAACUUGCCUCAACCCUCAAGGUCUCUGCAAUGCCACGUUUCAGCUUGAAGGUUGCUACCCUAAAUGUCCGGAGGAAACACCUAUUUAUGACGAACAUACCAAGCAAUGCGUUGCUGAAUGUGGCUGUUAUGAUAAUGGAAAGCAUUAUGAAAUUAAUGAAACAAUAGCAACCACCAAUAACUGUGAAACAUGGUAUUGUUUGAUUUUUAUAAACUAUGGGAUUAUACUGUACAAUAAAGUAAAAAUAAAAUUGAAUUCAUAUAGGAUUAGUAUGAAUGUAUCUUUUCAUAACUCCACAGCAACUUGUGUGAUCGUGGAACAAUGCGAAUGGAGCAAAUGGAUAAGUGUAAGCAAACCGACACAUGGUUACGACGGAGGGGAUAUUGAAACAUAUGAUAAAAUCAAUGAGAAAGGAGACAUGCCCUGCAAUGCUCCAGGCAGGAUUGAGUGCAGAGCAACACAUGCACCAGAAGUGGAUCUCGAAGACAUCGAACAGACAGUGCAGUGUAAUGUUUCCUUUGGGCUGACAUGCAGAAACAAGGAUCAACAUCAAGUGGAACGGUGCUAUGACUAUGAAAUACAGGUACAGUGCUGUGACUUCAUUUGCCAACCUCCAACAACAACACCAGAGCCAACCACAACCUCAAGUCCCACAACACCAACUCAGUUACACACAACCCCCACAACUCCUGAAACAGGGACAACAUCCACAACCCCUCAUACCACUGAAAUCACAACCAGUACAACUCGUGCCACUACACCUGCAACAGAGCAGAUUUUCUCUACAUCUCCAGUCUCAGGUACACCAGUAAGUACUACAACAGAAUUGACCACAACUUGUACAACUGAACUACCAGAAACUACUGAAUUACCUACAACCACCAAGUCCACAACAACUACCCAAACCCCAUUGGUACCCACAAGCACAACUCCGGAAACAGGAAAAACGUCCACAAGCACAAGCUCAACAUCAUCGGAAACCACAACACUGCCCACUCACACCCCAACAACCGUAACAAAAACAUCACAUUCAACCACUUUUACAACCACAACCGCAAGUCCCACGACACCAACUGAGUUACACACGGGCUCCACAACUCCUGAAACAGGAACAAUGUCCACAACCCCUCAUACAAUUGAAACCACAACCAGAACAACUGGUUCCACUUCACCUACAACAGAGCACACAACCACAACACCUACAGUGUCAGGAACACCACAAAGUUCCACACCUGAACUGACCACAACUUCCACAACUGCAAAAACUGUAUCUACCGAAACACCAUUUACCACCAAGUCAAUAGCAACUACUGAAACUACACAGGUGAUCACAACCAAAACACCUCAAACACAAACAAGAUCCACCACGACCACAUCAACACCAACUGAAACCACGACAAUACACACUCACAGCUCAUCAACUGGCACAAGCUCAGAAACAAAAACACCAUAUUCUACCAUUGCUACAAGCACCACAGGAAGUCCCACAACACCAACACAGGUGCACACAACCCCCACAUCUCAAAGCAGAGAGACAACAUCAACAACCCCUCAUACCACUGAAAUCACAACCAGUACAACUCGUGCCACUACACCUGCAACAGAGCAGAUUUUCUCUACAUCUCCAGUCUCAGGUACACCAGUAAGUACUACACCAGAAUUGACCACAACUUGUACAACUGAACUAACAGAAACUCCUGAAUUACCUACAACCACCAAGUCCACAACAACUACCCAAACCCCAUUGGUACCCACAAGCACAACUCCGGAAACAGGAAAAACGUCCACAACCACAAGCUCAACAUCAUCGGAAACCACAACACUGCCCACUCACACCCCAACAACCGUAACAAAAACACCACAUUCAACCACUUUUACAACCACAACCGCAAGUCCCACGACACCAACUCAGUUACACACGGGCUCCACAACUCCUGAAACAGGAACAAUGUCCACAACCCCUCAUACAAUUGAAACCACAACCAGAACAACUGGUUCCACUUCACCUACAACAGAGCACACAACCACAACACCUACAGUGUCAGGAACACCACAAAGUUCCACACCUGAACUGACCACAACUUCCACAACUGCAAAAACUGUAUCUACCGAAACACCAUUUACCACCAAGUCAAUAGCAACUACUGAAACUACACAGGUGAUCACAACCAAAACACCUCAAACACAAACAAGAUCCACCACGACCACAUCAACACCAACUGAAACCACGACAAUACACACUCACAGCUCAUCAACUGGCACAAGCUCAGAAACAAAAACACCAUAUUCUACCAUUGCUACAAGCACCACGGGAAGUCCCACAACACCAACACAGGUGCACACAACCCCCACAUCUCAAAGCAGAGAGACAACAUCAACAACCCCUCAUAUCACUGAAAUCACAACCAGUACAACUCGUGCCACUACACCUGCAACAGAGCAGAUUUUCUCUACAUCUCCAGUCUCAGGUACACCAGUAAGUACUACACCAGAAUUGACCACAACUUGUACAACUGAACUACCAGAAACUCCUGAAUUAACUACAACCACCAAGUCCACAACAACUACCCAAACCCCAUUGGUACCCACAAGCACAACUCCGGAAACAGGAAAAACGUCCACAACCACAAGCUCAACAUCAUUGGAAACCACAACACUGCCCACUCACACCCCAACAACCGUAACAAAAACACCACAUUCAACCACUUUUACAACCACAACCGAAAGUCCCACGACACCAACUCAGUUACACACGGGCUCCACAACUCCUGAAACAGGAACAAUGUCCACAACCCCUCAUACAAUUGAAACCACAACCAGAACAACUGGUUCCACUUCACCUACAACAGAGCACACAACCACAACACCUACAGUGUCAGGAACACCACAAGGUUCCACACCUGAACUGACCACAACUUCCACAACUGCAAAAACUGUAUCUACCGAAACACCAUUUACCACCAAGUCAAUAGCAACUACUGAAACUACACAGGUGAUCACAACCAAAACACCUCAAACACAAACAAGAUCCACCACGACCACAUCAACACCAACUGAAACCACGACAAUACACACUCACAGCUCAUCAACUAGCACAAGCUCAGAAACAAAAACACCAUAUUCUACCAUUGCUACAAGCACCACAGGAAGUCCCACAACACCAACACAGGUGCACACAACCCCCACAUCUCAAAGCAGAGAGACAACAUCAACAACCCCUCAUACCACUGAAAUCACAACCAGUACAACUCGUGCCACUACACCUGCAACAGAGCAGAUUUUCUCUACAUCUCCAGUCUCAGGUACACCAGUAAGUACUACACCAGAAUUGACCACAACUUGUACAACUGAACUAACAGAAACUCCUGAAUUACCUACAACCACCAAGUCCACAACAACUACCCAAACCCCAUUGGUACCCACAAGCACAACUCCGGAAACAGGAAAAACGUCCACAACCACAAGCUCAACAUCAUCGGAAACCACAACACUGCCCACUCACACCCCAACAACCGUAACAAAAACACCACAUUCAACCACUUUUACAACCACAACCGAAAGUCCCACGACACCAACUCAGUUACACACGGGCUCCACAACUCCUGAAACAGGAACAAUGUCCACAACCCCUCAUACAAUUGAAACCACAACCAGAACAACUGGUUCCACUUCACCUACAACAGAGCACACAACCACAACACCUACAGUGUCAGGAACACCACAAAGUUCCACACCUGAACUGACCACAACUUCCACAACUGCAAAAACUGUAUCUACCGAAACACCAUUUACCACCAAGUCAAUAGCAACUACUGAAACUACACAGGUGAUCACAACCAAAACACCUCAAACACAAACAAGAUCCACCACGACCACAUCAACACCAACUGAAACCACGACAAUACACACUCACAGCUCAUCAACUGGCACAAGCUCAGAAACAAAAACACCAUAUUCUACCAUUGCUACAAGCACCACAGGAAGUCCCACAACACCAACACAGGUGCACACAACCCCCACAUCUCAAAGCAGAGAGACAACAUCAACAACCCCUCAUACCACUGAAAUCACAACCAGUACAACUCGUGCCACUACACCUGCAACAGAGCAGAUUUUCUCUACAUCUCCAGUCUCAGGUACACCAGUAAGUGCUACAACAGAAUUGACCACAACUUGUACAACUGAACUACCAGAAACUCCUGAAUUAACUACAACCACCAAGUCCACAACAACUACCCAAACCCCAUUGGUACCCACAAGCACAACUCCGGAAACAGGAAAAACGUCCACAACCACAAGCUCAACAUCAUCGGAAACCACAACACUGCCCACUCACACCCCAACAACCGUAACAAAAACACCACAUUCAACCACUUUUACAACCACAACCGCAAGUCCCACGACACCAACUGAGUUACACACGGGCUCCACAACUCCUGAAACAGGAACAAUGUCCACAACCCCUCAUACAAUUGAAACCACAACCAGAAUAACUGGUUCCACUUCACCUACAACAGAGCACACAACCACAACACCUACAGUGUCAGGAACACCACAAAGUUCCACACCUAAACUGACCACAACUUCCACAACUGCAAAAACUGUAUCUACCGAAACACCAUUUACCACCAAGUCAAUAGCAACUACUGAAACUACACAGGUGAUCACAACCAAAACACCUCAAACACAAACAAGAUCCACCACGACCACAUCAACACCAACUGAAACCACGACAAUACACACUCACAGCUCAUCAACUGGCACAAGCUCAGAAACAAAAACACCAUAUUCUACCAUUGCUACAAGCACCACAGGAAGUCCCACAACACCAACACAGGUGCACACAACCCCCACAUCUCAAAGCAGAGAGACAACAUCAACAACCCCUCAUACCACUGAAAUCACAACCAGUACAACUCGUGCCACUACACCUGCAACAGAGCAGAUUUUCUCUACAUCUCCAGUCUCAGGUACACCAGUAAGUGCUACAACAGAAUUGACCACAACUUGUACAACUGAACUAACAGAAACUACUGAAUUACCUACAACCACCAAGUCCACAACAACUACCCAAACCCCAUUGGUACCCGCAAGCACAACUCCGGAAAUAGGAAAAACGUCCACAACCACAAGCUCAACAUCAUCGGAAACCACAACACUGCCCACUCACAUCCCAACAACCGUAACAAAAACACCACAUUCACCCUCGUUUGCAACCACAACCGCAAGUCCCACGACACCAACUCAGUUACACACGGGCUCCACAACUCCUGAAACAGGAACAAUGUCCACAACCCCUCAUACAAUUGAAACCACAACCAGAACAACUGGUUCCACUUCACCUACAACAGAGCACACAACCACAACACCUACAGUGUCAGGAACACCACAAAGUUCCACACCUGAACUGACCACAACUUCCACAACUGCAAAAACUGUAUCUACCGAAAAACCAUUUACCACCAAGUCAAUAGCAACUACUGAAACUACACAGGUGAUCACAACCAAAACACCUCAAACACAAACAAGAUCCACCACGACCACAUCAACACCAACUGAAACCACGACAAUACACACGCACAGCUCAUCAACUGGCACAAGCUCAGAAACAAAAACACCAUAUUCUACCAUUGCUACAAGCACCACAGGAAGUCCCACAACACCAACACAGGUGCACACAACCCCCACAUCUCAAAGCAGAGAGACAACAUCAACAACCCCUCAUACCACUGAAAUCACAACCAGUACAACUCGUGCCACUACACCUGCAACAGAGCAGAUUUUCUCUACAUCUCCAGUCUCAGGUACACCAGUAAGUACUACACCAGAAUUGACCACAACUUGUACAACUGAACUAACAGAAACUCCUGAAUUACCUACAACCACCAAGUCCACAACAACUACCCAAACCCCAUUGGUACCCACAAGCACAACUCCGGAAACAGGAAAAACGUCCACAACCACAAGCUCAACAUCAUUGGAAACCACAACACUGCCCACUCACACCCCAACAACCGUAACAAAAACACCACAUUCAACCACUUUUACAACCACAACCGCAAGUCCCACGACACCAACUGAGUUACACACGGGCUCCACAACUCCUGAAACAGGAACAAUGUCCACAACCCCUCAUACAAUUGAAACCACAACCAGAACAACUGGUUCCACUUCACCUACAACAGAGCACACAACCACAACACCUACAGUGUCAGGAACACCACAAAGUUCCACACCUGAACUGACCACAACUUCCACAACUGCAAAAACUGUAUCUACCGAAACACCAUUUACCACCAAGUCAAUAGCAACUACUGAAACUACACAGGUGAUCACAACCAAAACACCUCAAACACAAACAAGAUCCACCACGACCACAUCAACACCAACUGAAACCACGACAAUACACACUCACAGCUCAUCAACUGGCACAAGCUCAGAAACAAAAACACCAUAUUCUACCAUUGCUACAAGCACCACAGGAAGUCCCACAACACCAACACAGGUGCACACAACCCCCACAUCUCAAAGCAGAGAGACAACAUCAACAACCCCUCAUACCACUGAAAUCACAACCAGUACAACUCGUGCCACUACACCUGCAACAGAGCAGAUUUUCUCUACAUCUCCAGUCUCAGGUACACCAGUAAGUGCUACAACAGAAUUGACCACAACUUGUACAACUGAACUAACAGAAACUCCUGAAUUAUCUACAACCACCAAGUCCACAACAACUACCCAAACCCCAUUGGUACCCACAAGCACAACUCCGGAAAUAGGAAAAACGUCCACAACCACAAGCUCAACAUCAUCGGAAACCACAACACUGCCCACUCACACCCCAACAACCGUAACAAAAACACCACAUUCAACCACUUUUGCAACCACAACCGCAAGUCCCACGACACCAACUCAGUUACACACGGGCUCCACAACUCCUGAAACAGGAACAAUGUCCACAACCCCUCAUACAAUUGAAACCACAACCAGAACAACUGGUUCCACUUCACCUACAACAGAGCACACAACCACAACACCUACAGUGUCAGGAACACCACAAAGUUCCACACCUGAACUGACCACAACUUCCACAACUGCAAAAACUGUAUCUACCGAAAAACCAUUUACCACCAAGUCAAUAGCAACUACUGAAACUACACAGGUGAUCACAACCAAAACACCUCAAACACAAACAAGAUCCACCACGACCACAUCAACACCAACUGAAACCACGACAAUACACACGCACAGCUCAUCAACUGGCACAAGCCCAGAAACAAAAACACCAUAUUCUACCAUUGCUACAAGCACCACAGGAAGUCCCACAACACCAACACAGGUGCACACAACCCCCACAUCUCAAAGCAGAGAGACAACAUCAACAACCCCUCAUACCACUGAAAUCACAACCAGUACAACUCGUGCCACUACACCUGCAACAGAGCAGAUUUUCUCUACAUCUCCAGUCUCAGGUACACCAGUAAGUACUACACCAGAAUUGACCACAACUUGUACAACUGAACUACCAGAAACUCCUGAAUUAACUACAACCACCAAGUCCACAACAACUACCCAAACCCCAUUGGUACCCACAAGCACAACUCCGGAAACAGGAAAAACGUCCACAACCACAAGCUCAACAUCAUUGGAAACCACAACACUGCCCACUCACACCCCAACAACCGUAACAAAAACACCACAUUCAACCACUUUUACAACCACAACCGAAAGUCCCACGACACCAACUCAGUUACACACGGGCUCCACAACUCCUGAAACAGGAACAAUGUCCACAACCCCUCAUACAAUUGAAACCACAACCAGAACAACUGGUUCCACUUCACCUACAACAGAGCACACAACCACAACACCUACAGUGUCAGGAACACCACAAGGUUCCACACCUGAACUGACCACAACUUCCACAACUGCAAAAACUGUAUCUACCGAAACACCAUUUACCACCAAGUCAAUAGCAACUACUGAAACUACACAGGUGAUCACAACCAAAACACCUCAAACACAAACAAGAUCCACCACGACCACAUCAACACCAACUGAAACCACGACAAUACACACGCACAGCUCAUCAACUGGCACAAGCUCAGAAACAAAAACACCAUAUUCUACCAUUGCUACAAGCACCACAGGAAGUCCCACAACACCAACACAGGUGCACACAACCCCCACAUCUCAAAGCAGAGAGACAACAUCAACAACCUCUCAUACCACUGAAAUCACAACCAGUACAACUCGUGCCACUACACCUGCAACAGAGCAGAUUUUCUCUACAUCUCCAGUCUCAGGUACACCAGUAAGUACUACACCAGAAUUGACCACAACUUGUACAACUGAACUAACAGAAACUCCUGAAUUACCUACAACCACCAAGUCCACAACAACUACCCAAACCCCAUUGGUACCCACAAGCACAACUCCGGAAACAGGAAAAACGUCCACAACCACAAGCUCAACAUCAUUGGAAACCACAAAACUGCCCACUCACACCCCAACAACCGUAACAAAAACACCACAUUCAACCACUUUUACAACCACAACCGCAAGUCCCACGACACCAACUGAGUUACACACGGGCUCCACAACUCCUGAAACAGGAACAAUGUCCACAACCCCUCAUACAAUUGAAACCACAACCAGAACAACUGGUUCCACUUCACCUACAACAGAGCACACAACCACAACACCUACAGUGUCAGGAACACCACAAAGUUCCACACCUGAACUGACCACAACUUCCACAACUGCAAAAACUGUAUCUACCGAAACACCAUUUACCACCAAGUCAAUAGCAACUACUGAAACUACACAGGUGAUCACAACCAAAACACCUCAAACACAAACAAGAUCCACCACGACCACAUCAACACCAACUGAAACCACGACAAUACACACUCACAGCUCAUCAACUGGCACAAGCUCAGAAACAAAAACACCAUAUUCUACCAUUGCUACAAGCACCACAGGAAGUCCCACAACACCAACACAGGUGCACACAACCCCCACAUCUCAAAGCAGAGAGACAACAUCAACAACCCCUCAUACCACUGAAAUCACAACCAGUACAACUCGUGCCACUACACCUGCAACAGAGCAGAUUUUCUCUACAUCUCCAGUCUCAGGUACACCAGUAAGUACUACACCAGAAUUGACCACAACUUGUACAACUGAACUACCAGAAACUCCUGAAUUAACUACAACCACCAAGUCCACAACAACUACCCAAACCCCAUUGGUACCCACAAGCACAACUCCGGAAACAGGAAAAACGUCCACAACCACAAGCUCAACAUCAUUGGAAACCACAACACUGCCCACUCACACCCCAACAACCGUAACAAAAACACCACAUUCAACCACUUUUACAACCACAACCGAAAGUCCCACGACACCAACUCAGUUACACACGGGCUCCACAACUCCUGAAACAGGAACAAUGUCCACAACCCCUCAUACAAUUGAAACCACAACCAGAACAACUGGUUCCACUUCACCUACAACAGAGCACACAACCACAACACCUACAGUGUCAGGAACACCACAAAGUUCCACACCUGAACUGACCACAACUUCCACAACUGCAAAAACUGUAUCUACCGAAACACCAUUUACCACCAAGUCAAUAGCAACUACUGAAACUACACAGGUGAUCACAACCAAAACACCUCAAACACAAACAAGAUCCACCACGACCACAUCAACACCAACUGAAACCACGACAAUACACACUCACAGCUCAUCAACUGGCACAAGCUCAGAAACAAAAACACCAUAUUCUACCAUUGCUACAAGCACCACAGGAAGUCCCACAACACCAACACAGGUGCACACAACCCCCACAUCUCAAAGCAGAGAGACAACAUCAACAACCCCUCAUACCACUGAAAUCACAACCAGUACAACUCGUGCCACUACACCUGCAACAGAGCAGAUUUUCUCUACAUCUCCAGUCUCAGGUACACCAGUAAGUGCUACAACAGAAUUGACCACAACUUGUACAACUGAACUAACAGAAACUACUGAAUUACCUACAACCACCAAGUCCACAACAACUACCCAAACCCCAUUGGUACCCACAAGCACAACUCCGGAAAUAGGAAAAACGUCCACAACCACAAGCUCAACAUCAUCGGAAACCACAACACUGCCCACUCACACCCCAACAACCGUAACAAAAACACCACAUUCAACCACUUUUGCAACCACAACCGCAAGUCCCACGACACCAACUCAGUUACACACGGGCUCCACAACUCCUGAAACAGGAACAAUGUCCACAACCCCUCAUACAAUUGAAACCACAACCAGAACAACUGGUUCCACUUCACCUACAACAGAGCACACAACCACAACACCUACAGUGUCAGGAACACCACAAAGUUCCACACCUGAACUGACCACAACUUCCACAACUGCAAAAACUGUAUCUACCGAAAAACCAUUUACCACCAAGUCAAUAGCAACUACUGAAACUACACAGGUGAUCACAACCAAAACACCUCAAACACAAACAAGAUCCACCACGACCACAUCAACACCAACUGAAACCACGACAAUACACACGCACAGCUCAUCAACUGGCACAAGCUCAGAAACAAAAACACCAUAUUCUACCAUUGCUACAAGCACCACAGGAAGUCCCACAACACCAACACAGGUGCACACAACCCCCACAUCUCAAAGCAGAGAGACAACAUCAACAACCCCUCAUACCACUGAAAUCACAACCAGUACAACUCGUGCCACUACACCUGCAACAGAGCAGAUUUUCUCUACAUCUCCAGUCUCAGGUACACCAGUAAGUACUACACCAGAAUUGACCACAACUUGUACAACUGAACUACCAGAAACUCCUGAAUUAACUACAACCACCAAGUCCACAACAACUACCCAAACCCCAUUGGUACCCACAAGCACAACUCCGGAAACAGGAAAAACGUCCACAACCACAAGCUCAACAUCAUUGGAAACCACAACACUGCCCACUCACACCCCAACAACCGUAACAAAAACACCACAUUCAACCACUUUUACAACCACAACCGAAAGUCCCACGACACCAACUCAGUUACACACGGGCUCCACAACUCCUGAAACAGGAACAAUGUCCACAACCCCUCAUACAAUUGAAACCACAACCAGAACAACUGGUUCCACUUCACCUCCAACAGAGCACACAACCACAACACCUACAGUGUCAGGAACACCACAAGGUUCCACACCUGAACUGACCACAACUUCCACAACUGCAAAAACUGUAUCUACCGAAACACCAUUUACCACCAAGUCAAUAGCAACUACUGAAACUACACAGGUGAUCACAACCAAAACACCUCAAACACAAACAAGAUCCACCACGACCACAUCAACACCAACUGAAACCACGACAAUACACACGCACAGCUCAUCAACUGGCACAAGCUCAGAAACAAAAACACCAUAUUCUACCAUUGCUACAAGCACCACAGGAAGUCCCACAACACCAACACAGGUGCACACAACCCCCACAUCUCAAAGCAGAGAGACAACAUCAACAACCUCUCAUACCACUGAAAUCACAACCAGUACAACUCGUGCCACUACACCUGCAACAGAGCAGAUUUUCUCUACAUCUCCAGUCUCAGGUACACCAGUAAGUACUACACCAGAAUUGACCACAACUUGUACAACUGAACUAACAGAAACUCCUGAAUUACCUACAACCACCAAGUCCACAACAACUACCCAAACCCCAUUGGUACCCACAAGCACAACUCCGGAAACAGGAAAAACGUCCACAACCACAAGCUCAACAUCAUUGGAAACCACAAAACUGCCCACUCACACCCCAACAACCGUAACAAAAACACCACAUUCAACCACUUUUACAACCACAACCGCAAGUCCCACGACACCAACUGAGUUACACACGGGCUCCACAACUCCUGAAACAGGAACAAUGUCCACAACCCCUCAUACAAUUGAAACCACAACCAGAACAACUGGUUCCACUUCACCUACAACAGAGCACACAACCACAACACCUACAGUGUCAGGAACACCACAAGGUUCCACACCUGAACUGACCACAACUUCCACAACUGCAAAAACUGUAUCUACCGAAACACCAUUUACCACCAAGUCAAUAGCAACUACUGAAACUCCACAGGUGAUCACAACCAAAACACCUCAAACACAAACAAGAUCCACCACGACCACAUCAACACCAACUGAAACCACGACAAUACACACUCACAGCUCAUCAACUAGCACAAGCUCAGAAACAAAAACACCAUAUUCUACCAUUGCUACAAGCACCACAGGAAGUCCCACAACACCAACACAGGUGCACACAACCCCCACAUCUCAAAGCAGAGAGACAACAUCAACAACCCCUCAUACCACUGAAAUCACAACCAGUACAACUCGUGCCACUACACCUGCAACAGAGCAGAUUUUCUCUACAUCUCCAGUCUCAGGUACACCAGUAAGUACUACACCAGAAUUGACCACAACUUGUACAACUGAACUAACAGAAACUCCUGAAUUACCUACAACCACCAAGUCCACAACAACUACCCAAACCCCAUUGGUACCCACAAGCACAACUCCGGAAACAGGAAAAACGUCCACAACCACAAGCUCAACAUCAUCGGAAACCACAACACUGCCCACUCACACCCCAACAACCGUAACAAAAACACCACAUUCAACCACUUUUACAACCACAACCGAAAGUCCCACGACACCAACUCAGUUACACACGGGCUCCACAACUCCUGAAACAGGAACAAUGUCCACAACCCCUCAUACAAUUGAAACCACAACCAGAACAACUGGUUCCACUUCACCUACAACAGAGCACACAACCACAACACCUACAGUGUCAGGAACACCACAAAGUUCCACACCUGAACUGACCACAACUUCCACAACUGCAAAAACUGUAUCUACCGAAACACCAUUUACCACCAAGUCAAUAGCAACUACUGAAACUACACAGGUGAUCACAACCAAAACACCUCAAACACAAACAAGAUCCACCAUGACCACAUCAACACCAACUGAAACCACUACAAUACACACUCACAGCUCAUCAACUGGCACAAGCUCAGAAACACAAACACUAUAUUCUACCAUUGCUACAAGCACCACAGGAAGUCCCACAACACCAACACAGGUGCACACAACCCCCACAUCUCAAAGCAGAGAGACAACAUCAACAACCCCUCAUACCACUGAAAUCACAACCAGUACAACUCGUGCCACUACACCUGCAACAGAGCAGAUUUUCUCUACAUCUCCAGUCUCAGGUACACCAGUAAGUGCUACAACAGAAUUGACCACAACUUGUACAACUGAACUACCAGAAACUCCUGAAUUAACUACAACCACCAAGUCCACAACAACUACCCAAACCCCAUUGGUACCCACAAGCACAACUCCGGAAACAGGAAAAACGUCCACAACCACAAGCUCAACAUCAUCGGAAACCACAACACUGCCCACUCACACCCCAACAACCGUAACAAAAACACCACAUUCAACCACUUUUACAACCACAACCGCAAGUCCCACGACACCAACUGAGUUACACACGGGCUCCACAACUCCUGAAACAGGAACAAUGUCCACAACCCCUCAUACAAUUGAAACCACAACCAGAACAACUGGUUCCACUUCACCUACAACAGAGCACACAACCACAACACCUACAGUGUCAGGAACACCACAAAGUUCCACACCUGAACUGACCACAACUUCCACAACUGCAAAAACUGUAUCUACCGAAACACCAUUUACCACCAAGUCAAUAGCAACUACUGAAACUACACAGGUGAUCACAACCAAAACACCUCAAACACAAACAAGAUCCACCACGACCACAUCAACACCAACUGAAACCACGACAAUACACACUCACAGCUCAUCAACUGGCACAAGCUCAGAAACAAAAACACCAUAUUCUACCAUUGCUACAAGCACCACAGGAAGUCCCACAACACCAACACAGGUGCACACAACCCCCACAUCUCAAAGCAGAGAGACAACAUCAACAACCCCUCAUACCACUGAAAUCACAACCAGUACAACUCGUGCCACUACACCUGCAACAGAGCAGAUUUUCUCUACAUCUCCAGUCUCAGGUACACCAGUAAGUACUACACCAGAAUUGACCACAACUUGUACAACUGAACUAACAGAAACUCCUGAAUUAUCUACAACCACCAAGUCCACAACAACUACCCAAACCCCAUUGGUACCCACAAGCACAACUCCGGAAACAGGAAAAACGUCCACAACCACAAGCUCAACAUCAUCGGAAACCACAACACUGCCCACUCACACCCCAACAACCGUAACAAAAACACCACAUUCAACCACUUUUGCAACCACAACCGCAAGUCCCACGACACCAACUGAGUUACACACGGGCUCCACAACUCCUGAAACAGGAACAAUGUCCACAACCCCUCAUACAAUUGAAACCACAACCAGAACAACUGGUUCCACUUCACCUACAACAGAGCACACAACCACAACACCUACAGUGUCAGGAACACCACAAAGUUCCACACCUGAACUGACCACAACUUCCACAACUGCAAAAACUGUAUCUACCGAAACACCAUUUACCACCAAGUCAAUAGCAACUACUGAAACUACACAGGUGAUCACAACCAAAACACCUCAAACACAAACAAGAUCCACCACGACCACAUCAACACCAACUGAAACCACGACAAUACACACUCACAGCUCAUCAACUGGCACAAGCUCAGAAACAAAAACACCAUAUUCUACCAUUGCUACAAGCACCACAGGAAGUCCCACAACACCAACACAGGUGCACACAACCCUCACAUCUCAAAGCAGAGAGACAACAUCAACAACCCCUCAUACCACUGAAAUCACAACCAGUACAACUCGUGCCACUACACCUGCAACAGAGCAGAUUUUCUCUACAUCUCCAGUCUCAGGUACACCAGUAAGUACUACACCAGAAUUGACCACAACUUGUACAACUGAACUAACAGAAACUCCUGAAUUAUCUACAACCACCAAGUCCACAACAACUACCCAAACCCCAUUGGUACCCACAAGCACAACUCCGGAAACAGGAAAAACGUCCACAACCACAAGCUCAACAUCAUCGGAAACCACAACACUGCCCACUCACACCCCAACAACCGUAACAAAAACACCACAUUCAACCACUUUUGCAACCACAACCGCAAGUCCCACGACACCAACUCAGUUACACACGGGCUCCACAACUCCUGAAACAGGAACAAUGUCCACAACCCCUCAUACAAUUGAAACCACAACCAGAACAACUGGUUCCACUUCACCUACAACAGAGCACACAACCACAACACCUACAGUGUCAGGAACACCACAAAGUUCCACACCUGAACUGACCACAACUUCCACAACAGCAAAAACUGUAUCUACCGAAACACCAUUUACCACCAAGUCAAUAGCAACUACUGAAACUACACAGGUGAUCACAACCAAAACACCUCAAACACAAACAAGAUCCACCACGACCACAUCAACACCAACUGAAACCACGACAAUACACACUCACAGCUCAUCAACUGGCACAAGCUCAGAAACAAAAACACCAUAUUCUACCAUUGCUACAAGCACCACAGGAAGUCCCACAACACCAACACAGGUGCACACAACCCCCACAUCUCAAAGCAGAGAGACAACAUCAACAACCCCUCAUACCACUGAAAUCACAACCAGUACAACUCGUGCCACUACACCUGCAACAGAGCAGAUUUUCUCUACAUCUCCAGUCUCAGGUACACCAGUAAGUACUACACCAGAAUUGACCACAACUUGUACAACUGAACUAACAGAAACUCCUGAAUUACCUACAACCACCAAGUCCACAACAACUACCCACACCCCAUUGGUACCCACAAGCACAACUCCGGAAACAGGAAAAACGUCUACAACCCCUCAUACAAUUGAAACAGAAUCAGCUCCAACCUCCAGCAGAGUCACUGUAAACCAGUCUUCGUCUUCAACCACCGCAUGGACUACCACUACUGCCGUCACUGUUCGACUCACCACUGGUAGAUCAUCAACUUCUUUGUCUGCAUCUACGACCGGGAUGCCCUCAACAUUUUCUUCCCGACCUACUGGUUCCAUUGAACAUUCUACCCUUUCUCCAACCACAAGUUCUUCGCCACCCACCACAGAAUGUGUCUGCAUUGUGAAUGGAACUGUGUAUUCCCAAGAUUCAAUUAUAUACAACUACACUGAUAAAGCUGGAUUUUGCAUCUAUGCAAAGUGUAAUGAUACCUGUGACAUUGAAAAACAUAUCUGGCCCUGUGGAAGCACAAUGCCACCGUUAACAAGUGUACCUACAAGCAGUACCAGCCGUCCAACAUUGUCAACUGAACAUACCACCAUACUUCCAGGAUGCCCCGUUCUUAAACCACCAAGGGAGUAUAAUGAGAGCUGGCUGCUGUGUGAUUGUAUGAUGGCAAAAUGUAUAGAAAAAAACAUUGUUGCUUUAUCGCCCGUGGUGUGUCCCACCAUCGCACCUAUUCAAUGUGCCAAUGGCCAUAUUCCAGUCAAGGUUUAUGAUGAAAAUAAGUGUUGCUACCAUUACGAGUGUGACUGCCAUUGCAAUGGAUGGGGAGGUUCACAUAUUGUUACCUUCGACGGACAGUAUUAUAACUAUGACGGAAGCUGCACCUACGUGCUUGUGGAAAAUACAAAGCCAUCAGGUCAAACUUUUGGUGUUUACAUUGACAAUUACUACUGCGACACACAAGACAGCCUCUCCUGCCAGCGUGGUAUCAUCGUGAAAUUUGAAAAACUUGACAUACAAAUCAGGAAUGUUGCUGCGGGUGGAAUUGAAAAUCUGGUAAAAAUCAAUGGAAAUCUUGUGUCUCUACCAUAUUCAAAACAUGGAGUGAAGAUCAUCAGUUUGGGCAUUAAUAUAAUUGUUGACAUACCCCAAUUAAAGGCCCAGGUCACUUUCAGUAGUUUUGCUUUUGCAAUCAAACUCCCGAGUGAAACAUUUGGAAACAAGACACAAGGGCAGUGUGGAACAUGUAAUAAUAUUCUGCAUGAUGACUGCAUGCUACCCAACGGAAAGAUCGCAUCCUCUUGCUCUGAAAUGGCUCAUUACUGGCAAGUCCCAAAUUCCGGUAAACCAAACUGUAAUGGACCAUCCAUAUCGCCGACCACACCACGACCUCAAGUGACAAAUGUUCCUCAAACAACUCAAAAACCUUGCCGCUCCAACUCUCUCUGUGGGCUCAUCACCAGCAAGCUGUUUGAAAAAUGUCAUGCCAUGGUUCCACCAGACUCCUACUACCAGGCAUGCAUUCACGAUGAGUGUCUGACUACAAGUGCUUCCGUCAUGUGCUCCAGUUUGCAAAGUUAUGCAGAGACAUGCAUGAGCCACGGUAUCUGCAUUGAAUGGAGAAAUUCCACACGUGGGGAAUGUUUGUUUAAUUGUCCUUCCAACAAGAUGUAUAAAGCAUGUGAGAUCUUUCAAGCAGAACCUACUUGCACAACAAGCAAUUCAGAUUUGACUGGUCUUAGCUUCAUGGAAGGUUGUUUCUGCGCCAGUGGUACUAUUCUCUUCAGCCCUGACACCGACCUGUGUGUGAAUAAAUGUGGAUGCAUCGGGCCUGAUGGAUUACCCAGAGAGCUUGAUGAAAAAUUCAAGUUCAACUGCCAGGACUGCCUUUGUGACAAGACCACACAUCGUGUCACCUGUCAGCCUCAUCGUUGUUCUCAUUUCCCCGAGCCACCCUGUAAUGGAGACGGACUUAUCAACGUUAACAUAACCAUACCAGACGAUGAUUGUUGUACAAAGCCUGUCUGCAGGUGUGAUCACAGCCUCUGUCCUCAGAAGGAAAUCCAAUGUAAACUUGGAUUUGAAGCAUCAUCAAAGAUUCCAGAAGGGAGCUGUUGUCCAGUUUAUUCAUGUGAGCCAAUGGGCGUUUGUGUAGAUGAUGGAAUUGUGUACCACCCUGGUGCAAUCGUUUCUACCUCCAAAUGCCAAACAUGCACUUGUAACAAUGUGACAAAUCCAACAACUCUUCUGAACACCAUGUCAUGUCAGAAUUAUGAAUGCAAGAAAGAUUGUGCACAAGGAUUUGAAUACCGAGAGGUGAAUGGUGAAUGCUGUGGUAAAUGCAUCCAGACACAAUGUGUAAUACAUCCAGGAGAACACCUUGUCCAGCUUCUGCCGCCUGGUGAUAAGUGGCAUUCGCCCAAUAACAACUGUACGAUUUAUGGAUGUAUGAGAAUUAAUGAGAGCUUAAUUUCGACCAUUUCCAAUGCCAUUUGCCCUGAUUUUCAUCCAGAGGACUGUGAACCAGGCACAAUUACUACAAUUAAAGAUGGCUGUUGCAAGACUUGUCACAUGAAAGAGAGCUGUAAGCUUAAGAAAACAAUGGUCCACAUUACUCAUGACAUCUGCAAAUCAGUAGAAAAAGUGGAAAUCGCUACGUGUGAAGGAUUGUGUGAGACUUAUUCCAUAUAUUCUUCCGAAGCAAAUUCAAUGGAGCAUAAAUGUACUUGUUGUAAAGAGAGGAAGACACAACUCAGACAAAUCAAUCUAAAGUGCCUCAAUGGAAGUGCUGUAGAUUAUUCAUACACCUAUGUUGAAUCGUGUGAUUGCUUUGAAAACAUCUGCAAAAAUCAAACCUUGAGUAUUGGGACCAUACUCUCGAGCAAAGCACAUCCCUUCCACAGCCAACUAUUCUGCAGACAAAGGAAACGUAAUUAGUUCGAGAAGGGAGAAAAGCCCCAACAGUGCAAAUGAAGCUGCCAAAGGUAAAGCGGAAGGAAACCUGGAAAAGUAUCUUCAGGAACAGCAGCCGAAGGAGAGAAAACAAAGGCAGCGGCAGCGAAGGAACGUAAAGUAAUUUGGAAAACCCAAGUAGAAUAAGUCAAUAAUGAUGGCGAAUCGAUUUAUUAUUUGCAAUUUGAAUAAAACGUUUGUUUAUUGCUUUCUUUUGUAAUGACCAAUAAUUACCAAUUAUUUUGACCUGGAAAAUUGUAACUAUUUAUUGUCUGGACUGUGGCUUCAUUGUGUGCAAUAGAAAAUAAAUACUUUUCAAUAAUUCUAAGAGAUUAAACUAUCUACAUAUAUCAAUAUGCUACUCAUCUCAUAG